AUGUUUGGGACGGCGAUUAGAUGUUUGGCGAAGAAACCGAAGCCGAAGAUGGGGCCCGUGGUCGUUAAAACGCCGCCGGAGCAGAGGCAAACGAUCACGAGAACCCUUUUCGACAUCAUUAAGGAGCAUGGUCCAAUCACCGUCGCUAACACCUGGGAACGCAUCAAGGAAGUUGGAUUGAAAGAUUUGACAAGCAAGAAUCACAUGAAAAUAAUGCUGAGAUGGAUGAGAGAGAGGCAGAAGGUUCGUCUCGUUUGCAACCACGUUGGGGCUCAUAAACAGUUUCUCUACACCACUUGGUUUACCAAGCCAGCUACCCCUCCUAAGAAUCCUUCUUGA